AUGGCAUACAUAGGACGUCCAUUGGCCCUGCGGCGUUAUGUCUGCGCCGCAUGCGCAGAGCCAUGGGAAUGGGCAAGAAUCGGUCUGCAGAAUGGCGGUCGGAUACAGCGACGCUUUAAGUAUUACAUAGCUCCAGAAGGGGAGCAGGCCAGACCUAUCACUGGAUAUUACGCAGAGAUGCUGAAGAAACAGCCCUCCCGAGCCCCAACAGUCUCGAACGAUACCUCGAACCACACAGCUCCUCCAGUCGCGCCUAUACCUACAGAUCCUCCCAAAUCACAGAGGGAGAUCACACUUGAACGAGCUCGUACAGUAUUUGGCUCAAAACCUGGUGUCAGGGAACGGAGGAUAGAGAUUGAUGCAGCGUCAACGGAAGUCGCAGGUAUCCGAGUACCGCCAAAGCCCACAGAACCGGACAAUUGCUGCAUGUCUGGGUGCGUCAACUGCGUGUGGGACAUGUAUCGAGAUGAGAUGGAAGAGUGGGCAGAGCAGAGCGCAAAAGCAAGGGCUGUCAUACAAGCUAGGAGAGAAGCAUCAGCGGGUAGUGGGGCCAUGGUGGCAGGACAGAAAGACCCAAUUCAUGUUGCUGUCAGCAUGGAUGACGAUGGUGGAGGCAGCGACACAAAUUGGACCGGAAGUGCUGGUGAAGGGAGUCUGUUCGACGAUAUACCCGUGGGUAUUAGAGAGUUCAUGAAGACAGAGAAGAAGUUGAAGCAGCGGCACAAGGCGGAGGAGAUCCCAACCUGA